AUGACUUCAGAUAAGGUAAAUGCGGAGUCAGAACGGGCUGUUUCGCCUCUUGACGAGACAACCCGUACAGAUGCCGCACCGGCUGCAGACGCCCAGAGUGACAACGCUUCAUCAGAUGACCAUGUUCGGGACAAGAAGGCAAGUCCAAGCCCCAGCAAACGACAGAAGCUCAAGCAUCAUUUUGGACGCUUCAAGUGGUGGUACCGGCUUGGACUCAUAAUUCUUCUCGCCAUUCUGCUCCCACUCUUUUUCAAAGUCAUCAUUCCAGCAAUCAUCCAAAGCAUCCUCAAUGGCCAGAAAUUGCAGAUAACCAGCGGUGCUCUCCAGGCGCUCUCGCCAACUCAUGUCAACAUGAGUUUGCACACGUACCUGGACACGCCAUUGGGGGUAAAGAUCGAUCCCGUUGACCUCUAUCUGUACAACAAGAACACGAAGCCCUAUGCGCCAUUCUUCAAGCUUCACCUUCCGGAGCAGCACGUCAAUCACAAAACAGAUCUCAUCAUCACGAACCAGACCCUUUUGGUGGCCAACGAGACAGAACUGCUGAUAUGGUUCAACCAGUUCUUCGACCAGCCGAAGGUCAAGUUGUCCCUCCAGGGCGAGCCGAACAUUUACCUCGGUACUCUGAAGUACAAGCGCAGCCUUGACAAGACAAUUGAGGUCCCUUCUCUGACCUACCUCAACGGCUUUGGGUUACGCGAUAUGGAAUUCAUGCUCAAGUCAAACGACACAAAAUUCAACAUGAAAGGGCAUCUGAACAUCCCCAAUUCUGGGGUUCUGACUCUCGGAUUGGGCAACCUCACCUUCAAUCUCAUGUCGGGGGAAACAAGAAUUGGUUUGGUACACCUUUACGACCUUCAGCUUAGGCCUGGGAACAAUUCGGUUCCUUUUGACGGGAACUUCUUUUUCGAUGAGCUUGUGCCCAACCUAUCGGAAAUCCUUGACAGUCAGAAAGAAGCGCUCAGCCAUGGUUACAUCGAGCUCGCAGCAACAGGAAACUCCACCAUAGUCAACGGAGAACACGUCAAGUACAUCGAAGGCGUUUUGAACAGGAAGCACAUCAAGUUCACCGUCCCUGUCAUAACACUACUCGGCGAUGUUGUCGGCGGCUUGCUAGGGAGAAAGCUCAGGAGGAAACAAGACGAGCACACGAAGCGUGGUGAAAAGAUCGAACUCGAGCAGACCUUGGGUGUGGAACCUUUUGAGAUUGGGACUUAG